UCACUUCCUUGAUUUCACGGGACAGAGAGCGAGUCUCCUCCCACUCGAGUGGCAUAUUGGUGAGAAAAAGCCUCGUUUGUCUCACAGGAAGAAGUUGAAAACAUGAAGAAACGCGACAGUUAGAGGAUUCACAACUCAAAAGUCACGGGCUCAGCACAUCUCUUCUCUGGACGGCUGUAUUACAAUGUGUUACUGUCAAAGCGAAGAAACAAGUGGCUUGAGACACUGAGUCGCCUGGACACACUGCGCUUGAUCAGAGGGGCUAAAGUAUCCGAAAAACUACCAAACAUUUGCAGAUAUGUCGGAACACCGGUCCUGUUUCCUUCACAUUGGGGAUAUCGUGUCUCUGUAUGCGGAGGGAACUGUCAAUGGUUUCAUCAGCACUUUAGGGUUGGUGGAUGACAGAUGUGUGGUGCAACCAGAGGCUGGGGAUCUUACAAACCCCCCGAAAAAAUUCAGAGAUUGUCUCUUCAAGGUGUGUCCUAUGAAUAGGUACUCUGCACAGAGACAGUUCUGGAAGGCAAAACAGGGUAAACAUGGGAACAACACACAGGGAGAUCUCUUCAAGAAAUUACAGCAUGCAGCAGAACUGGAGCAGAAACAAAAUGACACAGAGAACAAGAAAUUGUUGGGAGAGGUUGUCAAAUAUAGCCGGGUUAUACAGCUUCUCCAUAUUAAGAGUAAUAAGUUCCUGACAGUGAAUAAGCGUCUUCCGGCCCUGCUAGAGAAGAACGCCAUGCGUGUGUCUCUGGACCCUUCAGGAAACGAGGGUUCCUGGUUCUACAUCCAACCUUUUUGGAAGCUACGCAGCGAAGGAGACAAUGUGGUGCUUGGAGAUAAAGUGGUUCUAAUGCCUGUAAACGCAGGACAGCCUCUCCACGCCAGCAACAUCGAACUCCUGGAUAACCGUGGCUGCAAAGAGGUUAACGCUUUGAACUGCAACACCAGUUGGAAGGUCACUCUUUUCAUGAAGUUCAGUGAAUACAGAGACGACGUAUUAAAAGGGGGGGAUGUGGUGAGGUUGUUUCAUGCCGAGCAAGAAAAGUUUCUUACUUGUGAUGAGUACAAAAAGCAGCAGUAUGUCUUCUUACGAACCACUCUCCGUCAAUCAGCAACCUCCGCCACCAGUUCAAAAGCACUAUGGGAAGUGGAGGUUGUCCACUAUGACCCCUGCAGAGGAGGAGCUGGCCAGUGGAACAGCCUGUUUCGUUUCAAACACCUGGCCACAGGACACUACCUUGCAGCGGAGGUGAAUCCUGAUUUCAAAGCUCGUACCGACAGUAUCAGCACCAAAAACGAGACCAGCACAGACACGUUGUACUCUAAAAAGAAGUGGCAGGCUGACAAGAUCCCCUACACCCUUCUUGCAGUGCCCCAUGGCAAUGACAUCGCCUCUCUUUUCGAACUGGAUGCCACCACCUUACAGCGGGCAGACUGCCUAGUUCCCAGGAACUCCUAUGUGAGACUCAGGAACUUGUGCACAAACACUUGGGUGACCAGUACUAACAUUCCCAUCGAUGUCGAGGAGGAACGACCCGUUAUGCUCAAGAUCGGCACCUGCCACAUGAAGGAGGACAAGGAGGCGUUUUCCAUUAAUUCUGUCCCCCUGUCAGAAGUCAGAGAUUUGGAUUUUGCCAACGAUGCCAACAAGGUCUUGGAGAUGUUUGUGCAUAUUUUGAAGAUCAGCAAUUUCGCAGUAGCAAAUGAACGCAGGUUUACUAUUAAGCUUUUGGAGGAUUUGAUCUUCUUUGUAUGCGAUGUGCCGAACAACGGACAGGACGUGCUGUCUGUGGUCAUCUCGAACCCCAACAGAGAGCGGCAGAAACUCAUGAGAGAGCAGAACAUCCUGGCACAGAUCUUUGGAAUUCUUAAAGCCCCAUUUUCUGAGGUUAAAGACUCGCCCAUGCCGAAGCUGGAAGAUAUGGGGGAGCAGCGCAAUGCUCCAUUUAAGUACAUGCUACAACUGUGUUACAGAAUUCUGCGCCAUUCCCAACAAGAUUACCGCAAGAAUCAGGAGUACAUAGCCAAGAAUUUUUCCAUCAUGCAGGCUCAAAUCGGCUAUGAGAUCCUGGCCGAAGAUACAAUCACUGCUCUCCUGCACAACAACCGCAAGCUGUUAGAGAAACACAUCACUGCACGUGAGAUUGAGACCUUUGUCAAACUUCUGCGCAGGAACCGAGAGCCCAGGUUUCUGGAUUAUUUGUCUGACCUGUGCGUCUCCAACAAAACAGCCAUUCCUGUCACUCAGGAACUGAUUUGCAAAUUCAUGCUGAACCCUACCAACGCCGACAUCCUCAUCCAGACCAAACUGAUCCCACACACAGAGAGUUCUCUGGAGUCAUCUUUAUUCCCGGACGAUUGUGAUGAUGAAGAGGUAUGGCUAUACUGGAUUGAUAACGACAAAGAGCCUCAUGGGAAAUCCAUCCGACACCUGGCUCAGGAUGCCAAGGAUGGACAAAAAUCAGAAGUUGAAGUCAUCACCUACUACAGGUGUCAACUCAAUCUUUUCGCUAAAAUGUGCCUGGAUCGGCAGUAUCUGGCCAUCAAUCAGAUUUCCAGUCAGCUGCCAGUAGAUCUAAUCCUCCGCUGCAUGUUUGAUGACUGCCUGCCUUACAACCUGCGUGCCUCAUUUUGUCGUCUGAUGCUGCACAUGCAUGUGGACCGCGACCCUCAGGAGGCUGUGGUUCCUGUUCGCUAUGCACGCCUCUGGACUGAGAUACCCUCCAAGAUCUCUGUCAAUGAGUAUGACUAUGAGUUCAGAGACACCUCCAGAGAGGACAUGAAGAGAAAGUUUGCGCCUACUAUGCAGUUUGUGGAUGAAUAUCUGAAAGAUGUGGUCAGUCAGCCUGAUCCCUUUGGAGACCGAGAGAAGAAUGAAUUGACCCUUGAGGUGGUCCACCUGGCGCGUAACCUGGUCUACUUUGGCUUCUACAGUUUUAAUGAGCUGCUGUGCCUCACACGCACACUGCUGGCCAUCCUUGACAUUAUCCAACCCACUUCCACAUUUAUGUUCAAACUCAACAAGACCCCCGAGGGAGGUAAUAAUGUCAUGCGUACCAUCCACGGUGUGGGUGAGAUGGUGACUCAGAUGGUUCUGAGCAGAGGCUUGAUAAUGCCUCACUGUCUCCCUGAUGCUCAGCCAAUCCACGGAAAGCAAAUCUGUCUCCCUGACAACCAGAACGUCAUGGUGAUGGACACCAAGCUCAGGAUUAUUGAGAUUCUGCAGUUCAUUCUGAAUGUGCGUCUCGAUUACCGCAUCACCUAUCUGCUGUCUAUCUAUAAAAAAGAGUUUGGUGACCAGACUUUGGACACUUCUGUUUCAUUGGCAGAAGUUCCUGUCAUGGCUGAGCCAAACAUUGAGGAGAUUGCGGAGAAAGCAGAGAACAUGUUUUCAGGGAGUGCUAAAGAGAGGAGCUCGGUGGACCUCGAUGAUGAAGGCGGUCAGACGUUUCUGAGGGUGCUUAUUCACCUGAUCAUGCAGGACUACCCUCCGCUGGUCUCCGGCUCUCUUCAGCUCAUCUUCAAACACUUCAGCCAGAGAGCCGAAGUUCUGCAGGCUUUCAAACAGGUCCAGUUGCUGGUUUCUGAGGAGGAUGUGGAGAAUUAUAAGAAGAUUAAGGCAAGUCUGGACCAGCUGCGGCUGACUGUGGAGAAGUCUGAGCUCUGGGUUGAGAAGAGUGGAGGUUACAGCAAUGAAGACAUGGGGGAGAAUCAAAACAAAGAGCAGAAUUUGGAGGAAGCAGGUAUCUUGAGCCCAGUGCAGGAUGGGAACAAUAAACCUCAAAUAGACAGCAACAAAGCCAACAACUACAAAAUCGUCAAAGAGAUCCUGCUGAGUCUCAGUAAACUCUGCUCUCCCGGUAAGAAGAUCCGUGUGCAGCAGCAGAGGUUGUUGAAGAACAUGGGAGCUCACACUGUAGUGCUGGACCUCCUCCAGAUCCCAUAUGAGAAGGGGGAUGAAAAGAUGGACGAGAUCAUGUCUCUAGCCCACACUUUCCUUCAGUACUUCUGCAGAGAUAACCCUCAGAACCAGGCGCUGUUGCACAAACACCUCAACCUCUUCCUCACCCCUGGGCUUCUGGAGGCGAAAACCAUGUGCUACAUCUUCAGGAACAACUACCACCUGUGCAAUGAGAUCAGCGACCGCGUGGUACAUCACUUCGUGCACUGCAUCGAGACCCACGGCCGCCACGUGCAGUACCUGCGCUUCCUCCAAACCAUCGUGAAAGCCGAUGGCAAAUACGUGAAGGAAUGCCAAUGCAAAGUCAUGAAUGAGCUGGUGAAUGGAGGAGAAGACGUGUUGGUUUUCUACAAUGACCGUGCCUCUUUCCCGGUGCUGCAAAAUAUGAUGUUGUCUCCGCGGGAGGAGAAUGAUGCUCUAGCGUACCACAUCACCCUAGUGGAGCUGCUGGCAGCCUGCACCGAGGGCAAGAACGUUGAUACGGAGCUCAAGUGCAACUCACUUCUGCCGCUUGAUGACAUUGUCAAAGUGGUCAUGUACGAAGGCUGCAUUCCAGAGGUAAAAAUAGCAUACGUAAAUUUCGUGAACCACUGCUAUGUGGACACUGAGGUGGAGAUGAAGGAGAUCUACACCAGCAACCACAUUUGGAAACUCUUUGACAAUUUCCUUGGAGAUAUAGAAACUGUGUAUAAAAACACCACAGACAGGAAGCAUGCGGAUACAUGGCUUGAAAAAUACGUCACAGAUACCAUCAUGGCCAUCGUCAAGGGCUUCUUCGGCUCGCAGUUCUCCGUCAGCAACUCAAACCUGCAGGCUCAUCAAGCAACUUUCGUUAAGCUGCUGCAGAAUGCCUUUAAACUCUAUAACUGCACCUGGCUCAACUCCCUGCAGAAGACUAACAUUGAGGGGUGCAUCAAAACCCUUGCUGACGUGGCAAAAAGCCGGGCAAUCCCCAUUCCAGUGGACCUGGACGGUCAGGUCAAUACCCUGUCACUAAAGACACACACCAGCAUGGUGCAGCGCGCAGUGAAAGACUGGAAGCUGUCGACCCGCGGCCGGCCCCGUAAGGAGCCUUUUGGGGCCCAUGAUUACAGGAUCAUUGAGAAACUUCAGGGGGUCAUUGUGUAUCUGGAGGAGCAGUUUAGUCCGCAGGUGCAUGCAGAGUUUUCUGUAUUAGUAGACGUACUGCAAAGCCCAGAGAUGCUGUUUCCUCAGCUCCGCAGUGAGGAUGGAGCCUUCAUGUCGAAGCUCAUCAAACACACCAAGAAACUGAUGGAGAAGGAGGAGAAGCUGUGUAUUAAGAUCCUGCAGACCCUGCGAGAGAUGCUGGAUAGGAAAGAAAUAUUCGAGGAAAAGGGUAACACACUGAGGAAGAGUCUCCUUACACACUACUUUGGCAACCAUCGGCCCCACGCCAAAGCCCUGGAGUACAGCGGCGGGAACAGCUCUUCCUCUGGAGGUGGUUCUCCAGGACAGGACUCUGAUAAGCCAGGCACUAGCGUAGCAGACAUCCAGUGUGCUCUGGACAACGUUGGAGCAUCUGAGCUGGUCAUCGACCUCAUCGUCAGCACAAAGAACGACCGUAUCUUUGAGGAGAGCAUUUUACUGGGCAUUGCACUCCUAAGAGGAGGAAAUACACAGAUUCAGAACUCUUUCUACAAUCAACUGCACAAGCAGAAGAAGUCUGAGAAGUUCUUCAAGGUCUUCUACGAUCGAAUGGAGCUGGCGCAGAAAGAGAUCCGCUCCAGUGUGUCAGUCAACAUGUUUGAGCUCAGCUGCAGGAAGAGAGAGGAGGAGGGCGAGGGCUCUGGGAUCAGACAUAAAAAAGUUCGAGACUUGCAACUCCGAGAAGACAUUCGGGGUCAGCUAAAAGACGCUUCCUCGGUCACCUCCAAAGCCUACAGCACCUUUCGCCGGGAAGUGGACCCUGAGAUUGAGCCGAUGGGAUCGGGGGUAGACGGGAUGGAGGAGGUGGUGGAGGAGACCCAGAUGAGCCAGGCCAUCAUCAUCAUGAAUCCCAUCCUACGCUUCCUUCAGCUGCUCUGUGAGAAUCAUAACCGGGACCUGCAGAACUUUCUGCGAGAUCAGAACAACAAAACCAAUUAUAACCUGGUGUGUGAGACGCUGCAGUUUCUUGACUGUAUCUGUGGCAGUACGACGGGAGGACUGGGGCUGCUGGGGCUCUACAUUAAUGAGAGGAAUGUGGACCUGGUCAAACAGACACUAGAGACCAUCACGGAGUACUGCCAGGGUCCCUGCCACGAAAACCAGUCAUGCAUAGCCAGGCAUGAGUCAAACGGCAUUGACAUCAUCAUCGCUCUCAUUGUGAAUCCAAUUGAUCCGCUGGGGAAGAACCGACUUGACCUCGUGCUGGAGCUGAAGAACAAUGCUUCUAAACUUCUUCUGGCCAUCAUGGAGAGUCGUCAUGACAGUGAGAAUGCAGAGAAGAUCUUGUACAAAAUGAGACCCAAUGAACUGAUUGACGUGAUCAAGGAGGCUUACGUUCAAGGAGAAGAGAGUGAGAUUGAUCAAGAGAUAUCAGAUCAGAUCAGACCUAAAGAUGUUGGCCACAACAUCUACAUCCUGGCCCAUCAGUUGGCACGCCAUAGAAAAAACCUCCAGCAGAGUUUGAAACCUGGCCCAGAUCCAUCCAUAGAAGGAGAAGCAGCGCUCCUAUACUAUGCCAACCACACUGCUCAGAUAGAGAUCGUCCGCCAUGACCGCACAAUGGAGCAGAUUGUGUUUCCUGUUCCUAACAUCUGUGAGUACUUAACAGAAGAAUCAAAAGUGCGCGUGUUCACAACAACCGAGCGGGACGACCAGGGCAGCAAGGUCAACGACUUCUUCCAGCAGUUUGAUGACCUCUACAAUGAGAUGAGGUGGCAGAAGAAAAUAAGAAGUGGGUUGUUUUGCUUUCUGCAAAAACAAUGUAACAAUUUAUCACCAGUUCGAGCCUGUGUCAGAGUCAUUAUGCUGAUGUACUGCUGUGUGUUUGCAGAUAAUGCACCACUUUUCUGGGUGUCAAAACAUAUAUCUCUGUGGGGUAGUAUCUCCUUUAACUUGGCUGUGCUAAUCAACUUGGCUGUUGCUCUUUUCUACCCAUUUGGAGAUGAUGGAGAUGAAGGUGUCUUGCCGUCGUUCUUGUCCAUCUUGCUUUGGGUUGCAGUGGUCGUGAGCACAUUCACGUUGUUUGUUCUUCCCCCGCGUGGAGGAAUCCUGGUGUUCCUGGUCACAGUCAUCUUCCGCUCUAUUUACACGCUGGGCUUAGGACCCACACUGCUGCUUUUGGGGGCCGCCAAUCUGCUGAAUAAAAUCGUGUUCCUGGUUAGUUUUGUGGGGAACCAGGGCACGUUCACACGAGGAUACAAAGCAGUUAUCAUGGACGUCUUCUUCCUUCUGCAUGUCAGUUACGUCAUCGUUUGCAUGCUGGGUCUGUUCGUACACGAGUUCUUCUACAGUAUUCUGUUGUUUGAUCUUGUGCGACGAGAGGAAACACUUCUAAACGUGAUGAGGAGCGUGACCAAGAACGGCCGCUCCAUCUUCCUCACAGCUGUUCUGGCUAUCAUCCUGGUCUACCUCUUCUCCAUUGUGGGCUUCCUCUUCUUUAAAGAUGACUUCCUCAUGGAAGUCGACCGCCUCCCUGCUUUAAAGAAGAUGAAUGUGAAGGAGCCCACGAGCUGUCAGAGUGAGACCUGUUCUAACUCCCCUUUUAGUUCUCACCACGUGGAAGAAGAGGAUGAAGAUGGUACAGAGCGCGUUUGUGACACCCUGCUGAUGUGCAUCAUUACGGUUCUGAACCACGGGCUGAGGAACGGAGGAGGAAUCGCAGAUGUUCUGCGCAAGCUCUCUAAAGAGGAGCCCAUGUUCCCGGCACGCGUCGUGUAUGACCUCUUGUUCUUCUUCAUUGUCAUCAUCAUUGUGUUGAACCUCAUCUUCGGUGUGAUCAUUGACACCUUCGCUGACCUGAGGAGUGAGAAACAGAGAAAGGAAGAAAUUCUGAAGACGACCUGCUUCAUUUGUGGCCUUGAGAGAGACAAGUUUGAUAACAAGACCGUGUCGUUUGAGGAGCACAUCAAGUCAGAGCACAACAUGUGGCACUAUUUGUACUUCCUGGUCUUGGUGAAGGUGAAGGACCCCACUGAGUACACGGGCCCCGAGAGCUACGUAGCCCAAAUGAUUAAGGAGAAGAAUCUGGACUGGUUUCCACGGAUGAGGGCCAUGUCUUUGGUAAGCUCUGAGGGAGAGAGCGAACAGAACGAGAUCCGAUUGCUGCAGGAGAGACUGGAAACCACCGUUGAUCUCGUGGCUCAGCUGUCUUCCCAGCUGUCUGAGCUUAAAGAGCAGAUGACAGAGCAAAGGAAGAAUAAACAGAGACUGGGCUUCCUGGGCCCAUCACAGGUGAACCAUCAAAUUCCCCCUGCACACUGAGGACGACCCAUCGCACCUCUCCACACACACACUCACACACAGAUGCUGAUGUUCACAGCACGGACAACACUACACUCAUGGUGAUAUCACACUUUACAUCAUGACAUGACGGUUGUCCAGUUAGAUCCUGCUUUAAUGAGUGUCGUUUUCUAAGCGUUUUCUCAUUUAGAUCGUAUAGACGGAUUACGUUUGGAAAUAUACUGAGUGUGUUUGUUUGGAAAAUCAUGACCCCUGUGCGUAUGAGGGCUCACAUCAGAUGACUCAAACAGUCUUUGGAAGGGCUGACUGAAUUUUUCUUUUUUUUUCUUUUUUUUUUUUUUAAGUUUCAAGUAUUAACUCCUUUACAUUUUAAUUGUCCUGUCCAACUGGAGUAUUGCUGUAAUUCAAGGAGGACUUCAGUCUGUGAGGGAAAUACUGGAAAGAUAAAGUGCCUUUAAACAAUUUAAUAGUUUUUUAUAAUUCAAACUCACAAUAACUUCAAUGAAAGAUGUAAGACUGGAAAUAUUAUUAUCUCAUAAUCAGACAAUCAUGUGCCUUGGAAUCUGUUAGUGUCACCUUCUACGAAGACCUAAACGCUAGUCUUAACUCUUAAAUGAUGAUCAUUUUUAUUAUGUAUUUUAUGUUGGAGAUGUUUCUAGCAUAUUUGUGCUUGCCUUAUAUAAAGUUGUACAGAAAAUAAUAAAGAAUGUAUAUUUGGUA